GACGAUGCGGCGGACGCCCUCUUCGGCCGCUCGGGGCAGGGGGCCGCAGGCGACAGCGCUGCCUCCACCCCUGCUGGUGCUACUGCUUCUGGUGGCGGUGGGGGUGGGGGUGGCGGUGGUGGAAGGAGCCGCAGCGCACCUCGCAGCAGGAGGAGGGCGUCCGCAGUGGGGGCGACAUCGGCAUCGUCGCCGGGCCCCGCCUCUCCUCGUGUCGCCUUCGCAUCCUCGUCUCCCUCCCGUGUCCGCUCCGCCCGUGCCGGCGCCACUGCUACUACUGCCGCCAGCCACAACAGCGGCGCCAACAGCGGCAGCGGCACCAGUCGGGAGGCGAGGCAGCCCCCAGCAGGCGAGGAGGGCGAGGGGGUGCCGCUGGAGGACCUGCUGUUCCUGGGUCCGCCCUCCUCCGCCUACCCGCCCGACCCGGAGAACUACGUGUUCCACCGGGUGGGGGGAGGCUACUCGCCCAGGCUGGCCUUCCGCCGCAGCUACUCCCUGCCGCUGCCCUGGCGCCACUGGGAGCCGCUGCUGCUGCUGGUGGACGAGCUGUACCGGGGCCGCGCGGAGGGCAGCAGGGCGGCCGCGCGGGCGGCGCAGAGGGAGAAGGUCAAGGCCUACAAGCGCCAGCUGUGCACCUCGCUGCCCUACCCCUCCGCCCUCGCCGCCGCCAAGCUGGCGCACCUGCAGCGGCAGCUGGGCGCGGCACGCAAGAGCCUGGCGCAGGGGGACAUGAAGGGUGAUGUGCCGCUGAAGCGCAUGGCGGUCAAGGACUACCACCUGGGGUACCAGCUGGACAGGGCGGUGGAUGAGAACUACGCGCUGCGCCGCUGCCUGGCCGACCUGCACCUGCGCUACUCCUCCGCAUGCGACACGGCAGCGGCGACCGCAGAGCCGGGCAUGACGGCUCCUGCGCUGUCAGACUAUGCUGGAGCAGCAUCUCCGUCGCCGCCGCCGCCGCCUGCUGUUGCUGCUGCCGCCUCUGCUGGUACCCCCGCCAAGGCCGUUGCAGCAGCGGAAACGGACAUGCCAGCAGCGAGGACAGCCUCCGAUAUUUACUCCCUUUCUCCUGCCAACCCUCUUUCCUUCCGUUCCGGCAACUACAACAACAGCUACAACGGCGGUAGCGGCAACUACGAUGCUGCUAGAGCAGCAGGAGCUUCAGAAGGGCGUGUAGGAACAGCAGCAGCGGCAGCAGCAGCAGCAGCGGCAACAAGCGGCACGCAGGGUUUCAACAGCCCUGGGCGCAUGUCACCGGCCUUGCAUCCCAACAUCAACCAGCAGCCGCAACCGGGUCGUAGCAACAGCGGCGGAAGCGGAACGCACAGAACCCCACAAAACCUGCUGAGAUACACCGCCGCCGCUGCUAAUGCAGCCAAUGUCGCUGCUGCUGGUUCUGCCUCCACCCACCCCAUCCCGUUGGUUUCGGAGGGCAACGGCGGUGGCUAUUCCGGCAGUCCCCGAACACCCUGGAUGGCACCGAACGGGCUGCAGCAGCAACAGCCGCAAUGGCCAUCACCCAGCAUCGCAGCUUCCAACGGUGCAGGGGCAGGUGGAGGAGGAGGAGGAGGAGUGGUAGCAGGGGGGAGGUAUGCUGCUCCUGCGGUGACGACUGCGGCCGUGGGCUCUCCCCUGUCGGGCGGUGUGGGGCCGGCUAGUCCGGGUGCGGGGUCGGGCAUGGGCGCCAACCGCGGCGGCAGCACGGGGGGAUCCUACUACUCACGAGGCGGCGCUAUCAGCGGUGGCAUCAUUGCCAGUCCCGGCAGCAACGGCGGGAACAUAACGUAUAACGCGCUGAGCGCUGCUGCUGCUGGGGUUGGGGGUGGUGGUGGGCAUGGCAUGAAUAUGGGUGUAGGUGCGGGUGGCUAUGGGCUUGCCAGUAACGGCUUCUAACAGUGCCAGCAGCAUUAGCGUCCGAAGUGCUUUUCGAUAAGAGUGGGGAGUUGUGCUUGGGUGUGAUAGUGGAUCGCUCACGCUUGUGUUACCAAUAGACAUGUCGCGUCUAAGGCUUGGUUUAUGAGAUACCGGUAGUGUACCUCUUCCCUCUUGUUAGAACAUUUUUGUGAAUGUCACGACCUUCUUUGCCGUAAUGUCCACGGUCCACGGGGGUGUUUAUUUUCCGUUCCCUUGCUUUCCCUUGGGUUCUUCUGAGUAACCCUGUUGGUAUUUACGUAUACAUGUCUAGGACACGUAUAUGGAUGCUGAUGUAUGGAUAAUGUAUAUCCGCCAUUUGCUGAGCAAAACGCCACACAUGAUCCAUCGACAGCUGGGCGACAAGGUAAAGCCGAAAUCCUGCCAUCUAGCUUGUACACCAUACGGCAUUCCCAUGCCCAGGAAUGCGAUGGGAAGGAAUCCACUACCAUGGGGACUCGGUGACCCACGGGUCGCCGCGUUCUCACCUAACCCCAACUGCGUCAUCCCUCCUACCCCCCAUGCCAAACAACGUGCCCUAACCCCAUACCUAACAUGGGUCUUAU